AUGUUAACGAUCACAGAUAUAACGUUGGAUAAAGCAAUAGAUCUUUGUCGAGCUGAAGAAAUCACGGAGAAGAGGUCCCAGGAAUUAACGUACAUCGUUCCUGAAUCGGAAGUACAUAAAGUCAACAAGAGCAGUUCUCGCUUUAAACAGUGGAAGUCAUCUCGAUGCAAGUUUUGCGGAGAUGUACAUGAAUUCUCCAAAGGAGCAUGUCCCGCUCUCGGAAAACGUUGUCAUCGGUGUAACGAAAAAAAUCAUUUCGAGAAAGUGUGCCGAGCAACGGAAAAGUCCAAAAAUAACAGAUCUCGACGUGUAAGAGAGGUGAAGGAUGAUAAUUCUGAGGAAGAAUGUUCAAGAAACGAAGAAUCUUCGGAUGAAAGUGAACAGGAAUACGAAAUCAGCAAAAUUUUCGACAAUACUGACAAAGGAGGUGGAGUUGCGGCCGAGCUGGACUUCAAAUUCAAAAAUUCGUGGAAAUCUGUGCUCUGUGACCUAGAUACGGGAGCCAAUACUAGUCUUAUUGGUUUCAAUCAUUGGGCAGAACUUACGGGAGAACGCAGUUCAUCCUUACAACCGUCGUCAGUUCGACUACAAAGCUUCGGAGGUAAUUCGAUUAAAGUUCUGGGACAGGUAAAAGUGAAGUGUCGACGAUCAAAUCGCAAAUAUCGAUUGAUUUUGCAAGUCGUUGAGGUUAACCAUCGUCCGCUGCUAUCAGCUAAAGCAUCACGAGAACUCGGAUUCAUUAAGUUUUGUGAAACAGUGAAGCUGGAAGCAGAGGAAUCUACAAAUUCGUCUGAAAAAUUACUUCACGUGUAUCGAUUAAAGGCGCAACAAAGCAUCGAUGAAUACCAAGAGCUUUUCGAAGGAUAUGGAAAGUUACCUGGAACAGUGACCCUCGAAAUUAAUGACAGUUGCACACCGUCAAUCCAAUCACCUCGGCGCGUACCGAUAGCAAUGCGUAACGAGCUCAAAAAAGAGCUUAACUAUCUGGAAGAAAAUGGUAUAAUCGUUAAAGAGACAAACCACAGUGAUUGGGUCAGCAAUCUGGUCCUGGUUAAGCGACCUACCGGUAUACGAAUUUGUCUGGAUCCAGUAUCACUAAAUAAAGCACUACUCAGACCGAAUUUACAAUUCGCUACAUUGGACGAAAUCCUUCCAGAACUCGGCAAGGCUCGUGUAUUUUUUACAAUGGACACAAAAAAAGGAUUUUGGCACGUAGUUCUAGACAUGGAAAGUAGCAAACUGACAACGUUCUGGACACCGUUCGGCAGAUAUCGGUGGACUCGCUUACCUUUCGGAAUCGCAUCGGCUCCAGAAAUAUUCCAAGUAAAACUACAGGAGGUGAUCCAAGAUCUAAAAGGCGUUGAGUGCAUUGCGGACGAUUUACUUAUUUUCGGAAUAGGCGAUACGCUCGAAGGAGCCUUAAAAAAUCACAAUCAAUGUUUACAGUUUCUUCUUCUCCGGCUUAAAGAAAACAAUGUUAAACUUAAUCGCUCGAAAUUGAAUCUUUGUCAGACGUCUGUUAGAUUCUAUGGCCAUAUUCUAACAACCCAAGGACUACGACCAGAUGAAACAAAAUUGGCGGCCAUAAAAAACUAUCCGACCCCUACCAACAAAAAAGAAGUUCAUAGGUUUGUGGGCAUGGUUAACUAUCUGAGCAGAUACAUUCGUGAUCUGAGCGUUAAUCUCACGUGCCUCCGCAAACUUAUCGUCGAAACUACACCUUGGCAAUGGACACCCACCGAGCAGAAAGAAUUCCAGUUGAUAAAGAACGUAGUAUCUAAUAUAGACACGCUACAGUAUUAUGACGUAACGAAGCCGUUGACCAUCGAAUGCGACGCAAGCUGCUUCGGUUUAGGAGCUGCUAAAGAAAUUACGCUCAAAUAG